UAGCAAAAGACUUCGCACAACCAUUUUGCCAGAGCAGUUGAAUUUUUUAUAUGAAUGCUACCAAAAUGAGUCGAAUCCAAGUCGCAAAAUGCUAGAGGAUAUUUCCAAGAAAGUCAAUCUUAAGAAACGUGUUGUACAGUAAACAUCCUGAAAAGCGUCCCUUACUAGUGCAUUUUUGUAGCUCUAUAAUGUUGCAUUGUGUUAUUUUGUUGUAUUAUUGUUCUUCUGUAACUUUUUCGUUUAAACUGUUAACUGUUUAUUUACGCUUGCUCAGCAUUCAUUCGACUAAGCGCCGUAUCAUCUUUGUUUACAAAAAAAAAUCCAAAAAAACAAAAACUAUAUUUUACAACUCAGGUCUGGUAUCAAAACUCGAGAGCUCGCGAACGCAAAGGACAGUUUCGUCAGAACAUUCAGAUAAUAAAUAAAAAAUGUCCACAUUGUGCAGCCAUAUUUAAAAUCAAAUCUGCCUUGGAAUGGCAUCUACAAUCCAAGCAUGGAGAUAAGCAAGCUAUAAAUGUUGAUCAAAUUCCUGACUUGAAAUUUCCCGACGGUCUACCUAAUUUAUCCAAUUCUACAGCCUAUGGAAUGAAAGUCGAUGAGCAGCACAAGGAACAACUGAAGUUAAAAGAACAACCAAGUUCCGCAACAACGACACCACCACCUCCAAUAACAUUGUCCUCAGUCAAAUGUGCUGCAUCGGUUGUUUCUACAACUUCUGGUAUUGAUUUAUCGCCAACAGUUACUUCCGCAGUAUCUUCUGCAGCCGCGUCAGCAUCUAUCCCAUCCCUUGUCAAAACAGGAGGAACUACUCCACUUGAUUUGAGCAAGACACCUACGUCGCUAGUCAAUCACUUGAACAAGUAUGAACAAAGUGAGAGCGAUAUAAGCUUCUCUGACUCCAACAAUGAUCAUGACGAAUCAAACGAUUUUUUUACGCCAUCGUCGUCAUUGAAUAAUGGAAGUCUUGGGAAUCUAGUUUCGAAUAAUAAGGUGAACAAUAGUAUUAAUAACCGACGGCAGUAUGAUCCUAAUUUGAUAGACGGCAAUAAUGUAGCAGCAGGAUGUAACUACAUCGAUAACAACACCAUGAGCAACAUAAGCGAUUACCUGGGCAAUGAUCGUGAAAAUACUAACUCACCAGUUAGCCAAACUUCAAGCAACAAUAGUGCUCAACAAAAAAAACGUUUUCGAACACAAAUGAGCAACUUGCAGGUCCGCAUAUUAAAAACAUUGUUCCAUGACGUCAAGACGCCUUCCAUGACAGAUUGUUUCAAUGUUGGACGAGAAAUUGGACUGGGGAAACGUGUCAUUCAGGUUUGGUUCCAAAAUGCAAGAGCCAAAGAGAAAAAAUCUCGCAAUCAACGAUAUGUACAUGAUGAAAAUACAUUUGAGAACGACAAAUCCAAUGUUGAUUCAACAACAUCUAAUAAUAUACCCGAGAUGCGUGCAUGCACUAUUUGUCAAUUGCCUAGUGAAAACAUUCAAGAGCAUGCAUUCUCUGCUCAACAUAUAGGAAGAAUUAGAGUGUUGCUCGAAGCUAACAGUAGCAAUAAAAAUGACGACAAUCAGCAACAUAUUGACAAUAGUAUGGAACAUGAAUUCAACGGUAUUUAUACCAAGCUCUAUACACAGCAGCAACAUUAUCAUAAUCUUAAUCAUAAAAACGAAAAUAUUAAUUCGGAAGGAGCCGUUACUAGUCAUCAUAAUAAAGACGACACUGAUGAUAAUUACCAUUGUUCAAACAUUAUUACUAAUCCUGAUUGUAGUAACAUCGAUAAGAAUUACGACGACUAUGAUGAUGAUGAUAAUGAUGACGAUGUUGAUGAUGAUGAUGAUAAUGAAAAUGAUAAUGAUGAUAGCCAUCAUCAUGACCAUGAUCACCAUAAUGACGUUGAUAAAACAAAAGUUGGCUUAAAAAACGAGGAUAUGGCCUUGAGUGAAGCUAAUAAAGCUGCAUUGGCAUUGCGAAAUUUCAACAAGUUGCAGCAACAUUUCGCUGCGGCUACCGAUUUUGCUAAACAACAACAACAAUAUCCACAGCUUCAAAAACAACCGCAGUGUGAUACAAUAUCGUCAGCUUCACCACCAUCAAUGGAAAAUAAUUUAAUGUUAAAAAUUAACACGGACAAUCCGUUAGCAGCAAAUCAUUCAGAAAUGUUGCAACAACUGUUUAGCUACAGUCAGAUGAGUGUAAUUGGGGGAAAGUGAAACGUAAAUGAAGGGUGAAGCGGAUAGUUUAAAAAUAUUAUAAACUGGUGAAGAUCAUCGAAAUUAUGACGCACACAAAACUUUGAUAGCAAAACUAAACAAUAAUAAACAAUAAACAUGAAAAAUGUGCGUCACUUUAAAAACUAAAAUAACAAUUUGAAGGGGAGAUGCAAUUAAUUUCAUUUCUCAAAACAGCUGAUUCGCAUAUAAAAAGUUAAAAAAAAAAAACUUAACACAAAACAAAGUUCCUAUUUUAAAAAGAAAGAAAAAAAAAAACAAAACAGAAAGAAAAAUUAAAUGGGAAAGAAAUUGAUUAUACGUUUUCAUUAUAUUAUAUUUAAAAUCAAAAAAUCAAAUCAAUGUCAAACUGUUCCUAUAUUAAAAACAAAAAAAAAUAAAAGAUAUUAAUUUUAAAUUUAAAAAAAUAUAUUAUAGAAAUUUAAGGCAAAAGUUCCUAGGAUAAGCGAAAAUUUAUCGUAAAAAUAUAAAACAAAAAAACGUAUAUUAUUUUUUUUAAGACAAAAAAUUGAUUAGAUAAAAAUACAUAUUUUCAUGGGUGCCAAUUUUUGAUUGAUUUUAAUUAACUAUUCUAAUGAUAAAAAAAUGAAAGUUUAAGAUAAAUAAACUAAAAAAAUAUCUUUGCUUCUUUUAAUUUUAUUUUGCAAAGAAUAAAUCGACUGAAUUAUCUAUUCUUAACAAUAAUGCAGACGUUAAGACUCAUAAGAAUCAUAUCUCUGAGAAACCAAAUUAAAACAAUUCUUCUGAUGACAACAAAAAUGAAACAUAACUCUAAAGCCGAAUAUAAAACGGAUAUGGAUGAAACUGGAAAAAAUAAAAUGCUGCUGAGGGAAAUAACAAUUUAAAAUAUAUAUAUAUACAUGAUGUAUAUAUAACUUUUAAAUAAUAACAACUACUGUCUAACGAAAAAAAAAUAAAAAAAAAAUAUUUAUGUAAAAGAUAUUCGACAUGAUGCAUUAAAUAGAAAUACAACACGCACUCGCGAUAAAGCUAGAAACAAAAAAAAAAACUCAUGAUUAUUAAACUUAAACAUGCUCUUAAAUUUGUAAGUGAAAAUUAAAAGGUUCCUAUAUAUUAAAUAUAUAAAAUUAAAAUUAAAUAAAUUUAGAAAUACUAUUUAAUAGAAACGAAAAAAAAAGAAAAGAAGACAUACAUUUUGAACAAAAUCAAUUCAAAUCUAAAUAGUAUAUUAAGGAGAAACUUAGAUUACAAUACAAGAAAAAAAAUAUUUAAGCUUAAUAAAACAAACUUUACAUAAUAUGUAUGCAUGUAUCAUAUAUUAUAUAAUAUACAUGCAAAAUACAAAAAAAAACAAGCUAUGCAAUGAUUUUGUUUUUAAUAUGUGUUUUGCUUUUAUAGCAUUUUUUUCGUUAUUACUAAAAUUUUAAAUAUUUACUCAAAAUAAUACAAAACUUAGAGUUUAUUUUUUUAUAAACAACGGCGUAUUCAAUAUUUUACUAUUAAUUUUGUUAAGUUGAAUAAAAGAAAUUAAAUGCUCAUGCAAUUUUAAAUCCUAUUAAAAUACCUAUAAAUAUGCAUGUAUCUGAAGAGACAUAUUUAUCUAUUGUACUAUUUUGUUACUAUAAUAAAUAACAAUGAUAUGCUUGUAUUAAAACAAAAUUAUUGGCGAUAUAUAUUCCAUUAUUGUAUUUUCAUCUUCAGUUAAAUUAAAUUUAUGUAAUUUAUUUUUGAGUCUUUUAUGCCUUCCAAUAUAGAUUAUGUUAUUGUUUUUUUUUUAAAUGUUUAUCUUUUUUUUUAAACAUCAACAAAAUCUGUGCAAUAAAUAUACGGACAUGUAUACUUGCUAACAUAAAAUUGUUCAAAUUGUAAACGAAAAACAAUUUCACAGCGCAAUUUAUAAUAAUUUGUACUAUUUAAAUCAAUUGAAUCUGUUCAGAUUUGCUUAUAAAUUUACAUUGUUGUCCAGUAAACAAAAAACUAAUGCAAAUAAAAACUUAAAUAAAUAUUUAAGCAAACUGAUUUUUGGCAUGACAUUUUUUUUUUUUGAAAAAUUUUUGUGGCGCAUUUUCUGAAGCCAAGUCAAAGAAUUCACGAGUUUUUAAAAAACGUAUGUUUUUUUAAAUAGUAUAUUUGAGUUAAAGAAUCUCAAUGAGUAGUUUACAGCCCAUCAUAACCAUAAUAAAAUGAUUACACUUUUAUGACAAAUUUGUUCAUAUCUUACAAAGAAUCCUCGACAAUUUCAAUUUGCUUUACUCUCAUUUUUGUUUGUGUUAUUGUGUUUACUCUUACUGGAAUGAUAGAAACAAUAUUUUUUGAAAGGAAAUAAACAAAUCCUCAAACUAAUAUCUUGUGGCGCAAGUAUACAUAUAAAUGAUUAUUAUAAGGUUAAUAAUGCGGAGACGGAGUUCUCAUUUUUAUUACAAUAUUAUUUAUUUACUACAUUUACGCAUAUAGUCUAUGCUUUAAUUUAAGAAUUUAUUACAAGUAAAAAGCGAAUAUAAGCAAACAAAAAAGUAACAGUAAAUUAACUGAAAAUCAUAGUUCCUAAUUUGUAUCACAAUACAUAUAUAUAAUUAUAUUUAUACAAAUUAUAAAUAUAGGUAUAUAGGAGAGAUAGACAAAAAGCAAGAAUAAUAGAAAAAAAAAUGUGUAUGAUUUCUUUUUUUAUGUGGAAAAAAUAAAAUAAUUUAACAACAAAAUUUUAAUGUUUGUUUGUUGGUAUUCCAUUUCAUAGUUGUUUGUCAAGUGAAAUUAUAAUUUAAAAAAAAAUCAAAAAGAAUUAAAAAAAAACUACAUAAGAGUUCCUAAAAACAAAAAAUAAAAUACGUUAUUCAAUACAAAAUAAAUAAAACUAAUUGCGUAAGAAAAAUACGAACACUAUUAACUUAUUUAAUGGGUUUUAAAUUAAAAACAAAAAGAUAUUCGAAUCCUCGCAAAAUAUGUGAAUUAAGCAAACAUUUUAAUAAAAUAUUAAAAAAAAAAUAAAAUUAUAAAAUAAAACAAAUCUGUAAAUCAUUUUUAAGUUUUCACAUUAUAUUAAAUAAAAAUUUUAAAUAAAAUGAAUAUAUAUAUAUAUAAGUAUACAAAAAAAUGUAGUUUUUAGUAUACCUUUCUAAAUAAAAUCUAACAAAAUAAAUAAUACAACAGUUCAUUUUUUUUCCACCCGGUUACACUUUUCAUUUGAAAACUACCAAAUUUGUAUCAACAAUACUUCAUGUUUUUAUUAAAUCAUUAAAAAGUAAAAAUAAAUAACAAAAAAACAAUUAUAUUGAUAAGACAACAUAUCACAGUAUACGUAAAUAAAAACAAAAAUAAAUUGAAACUUUAUUCAUAUAAAAACAAAACUGUUACAAACAUUAAUGAUUUUUUUUGUUUGUUUAGUUGCAAUAAAAACCUCAUAUUCAAUUUAAAUAAAAAAUCACUAAAAUGUAAGCUUAGCAAAAAAAAAAACAAAUAAAUGAAAAAACGUAAGAAGUUCCUAUAUUCAAAAUAUUUAAAAAUAAAAAGUAUGUGCAUAUUAUUAAUUAGUGUUUUUAUUAUAUAUACAUAUAAAAGAAAAAAGAAUAUAUUGUCCUUUUUUAACAUUUAAUUUAGCCUCUUAACCACACUUAACAAUAGUGUUUUCAUAUUUUUUUUUAAUUUUUAAUAAUUUUUUUACAAAAAUAUGUUCAGAGUUACACCAAAAACAUUUUGAAUAGGUCUUCCACUUGAAAGGAAAUCUUUUAAUUUAUUGUAUAACAAAUUAAUCUCUUUUUCUCGCAAAACCCUCGCACCAUUACAAAACAUUUCUUUACUUUUUUACUUUGUGUAUGAUAUAUUAAAAAACAUAUAUUUAUGACAACACAAAAUACUAAAUACACCAUUAAAUGUAUUGCCCAACCUCGCGAAUCAUGUGAAAUGACUUAAAAUUAAACUUAAAUAAAAAAAUUACUAUAAAAUAAAAAUAAAAACAAAAAACAUGAAAAUCAUACUAUAUAAAACUAUUAGAAAUUAUAAGUAAUUUAUAUGUCUAUAUAUAUUUAUAUAUAAAUUUACCUUUAGAAUGUUAUAUAUAAAUAUAUAUACAGUAUUUUAAAAACAAAUAAAAAACAUAACUAAGAAGAGCAUAAUUUGGACAGCAAGAAAUUGUAUUGUUAAACCAGAAAGAGAAUAAUAAUAAUAAUAUUAAUAAUAAAGCAAAAGUAAAAAAAAAAUAGAAAUAGCUUUGUUAUUUUU